GAUCCCAAUUUCACCUCAAGCCAGAAAUUGUUCUCCAUCGAUCCCAAGACCGUCCUUGAAGGAAGCAUCCCAAACGUCCACCGAGAUCGACGAGCAUUCACGUCGGAGACACAUGAUGAGCACUGACCAAUUUUGCGUCCCGCCGAUCGCGGUGUUUCAGGUUCACCUGCGCUCGCAUCUCAUCAUGAACGGCGUGUGCGUGAGGUGGCGCGGCUGGAUCGACCUGGACCGGCUCGACGGCGUGGGCUGCCUCGAGUACGACGAGGAGCGAGCCGCCGAGGAGGACGCUCUGCUACGCGAUCAGCUGGAGCGCUACAAUCAGCGGCUGCGCGAGUUCGAGGAGAAGCAGCGGGCCUACCGCACCGGAGCGGCCGCGGCCGCGCAGCCGCCGCCGCAUCUCAACCAUCACUAUCACCACGACACCCAUCACGCGGCGAGCCAUCAUCAUCACCAUCACGGCCACCACAGUCGACACGUGGGUGGCGCGGGAGCGACUGGCGCCACCGCCACCGGCAUCGAGCCCCAUCUGCCGCAUCGCCAGGACCCCGAGAUGGAGGUGAGACUGCGGGCCUACUGAGGCCCGCGUAGAUCCGACUGCCCCCGAUGACGAUGAUGAAUGAUAACGACGACGACGAGAGAGAGA